AUGUGUUCUUCUGAUGAAAUUCUCUCAUUUAUAAAUGAUCCUCGUUAUCUUGCAAAUCUUCUUAAAGAAAAAUCUAAUACAAUAAUAGAUGAUUCAAUAUAUAUUCAUAUCGCAAAUCAUUUUCUUUGUCAAGAUAUAUCUAUUGAAGGACUUUCUGUACAACGAAAUUUAUAUGGUAGAUCAAGAUCAUCAUUAUUAAAUCAAUGUGAAAUUGAUCUACUUAUAUUUAAUAUAAAAGAAUGUCUUAAUUCAAAUUCGAAAGAAUUAACGAAACAUUUUCUUCAAUAUUUACAUAAUAUUAAUCGAUUAUUAUUACCAAAUAAAUAUCGUGAUAUUGCUUAUUUAUGUGCAUUGAUACUUUUACCACAUAGUAAUAAAAAUGUAAUUGCAUGUAUUCUAUGUGCAUAUAUUGAAAUGAAUACAUUUAAUAAUUUAAGAUAUGAUUUAAUUAUUAAUAGUUUAUAUAAAAAUGAAGAUGAAGAAGAAGAAGAAGAUAAUCCAUGGAUUGAUCAAUUAACAAAAUUACUUAUUGAAAAAGACAAACAAUGGUUAAGAAAAUUUUAUUUAGAAAAAAUCUAUACAAAAGAACUUUUAUAUGCUAUUGAUAUACAUGAUCAAGAAAAGAUUUUAAGUAUUCAACCAAUAAAACAAAAUUCUCAAGAAUUAUUUUCAAAAAUAAUUGAAAAAAUCGAUUUAAGUGAAAUAUCAAAUUUAGAUGAUCUACAUUCAAGAUUAUCAUAUUAUGUAUUAAAUAAUCUUCCUAAUGAUUCAAUAAAUGAUUUAUGUCUAUUUAAUUUAUUAUCAUCAUCAUCAAAUAAUUAUCCAGAAGAUCUUCAUAUAUUAUUUUCUUGUUCAUUAAUAUCUAUUAUUGAUAAAAAUAAUUAUUCAGAAUUAAAUCUUCGUUUAUUUCGUUGUUUAAUUCUAUUAAUAAAUAAUUAUUAUAUAAAUCAACAAGAUUUAUUUGAUGAUAAUCGUUAUCGUUUAAUAAUUGUUUAUCUUGUUUCAAAAUUAAUUUGUGAAGUUCAUCAACGUCGUUCAAAAUCUGAACAUGAAUGGUAUUGUUUAUAUAUUGAUAUACCAAAACAACAUCCAUUACCAACAUUUGAUUUAUUUGCUGAUCUUAUUUGUUUAUUAGCAACAUUAUCUUAUAAUAAUAUUGAUUGUCAAAAUCAAAUUCGAAAUACACAUGGUACUAUUGAAUCAAUUCUUUCAAUGACACAAAUUGAUCUUAAUCAACCUAAAGCUCAAGCAUGUGUUGCUUGGUUAAUUAAAUGUUUAACUGAAAAUAACGAAGAUAAUAGAAAUUAUAUUAAACAAAUAAAAUAA